AUGUCUUGGUUCAAGAAGGCCAUACUACGGGCCAGUGAUACUUCUGUGGGACGUUCCCUGAGUCCAUCUCCUCCAGAACACCGAAUAUCACGUCCAGUCUCUUACAUAAGACCUUCAGGAAAGCAGAUCAUCCCAGCAGAUUCCAUUGUUUCAAAUAAAACACUUGGAGAAGGAGAAUUUGGAGUAGUACAACAAGGAAUAUGGACGACUGAAAAUGAUGAAAAAGUUCAAGUUGCCAUAAAAUGUUUGAGUCGGGAUCGCAUGCAAAAUGGGGUCCCAGAAUUUUUAAAAGAAGCCAACAUUAUGCAAACAAUUGACCAUGAGAAUAUUGUACGUAUGUUUGGUGUUGUCCUUGACAAAGACAAUACAAUGAUGUUGGUGACUGAAUUGGCACCAAUGCGUUCUCUCCUUGAGUGCCUGAAAGAACCUUCAUUACGACUUGACUUCCCUAUUCCUCGGCUUUGUGAUUUUGCUCAGCAAAUCUGUGAUGGAAUGGCUUAUCUAGAAAGUAAGCGUCUCAUUCACAGAGAUUUAGCAGCUCGAAAUAUUCUAGUAUUUAGUAAGAACAAGGUGAAAAUUAGUGAUUUUGGUUUGUCGCGAGCUCUUGGGGUUGGUAAAGAUUACUACCAAAGCAAUUUUACUAUCAACCUCAAGCUGCCCAUUGCUUGGUGUGCCCCUGAAUGCAUCAAUUAUCUGAAGUUUACGUCAGCCAGUGAUGUUUGGUCCUAUGGUGUAACUUUAUGGGAGAUGUUCACUUAUGGAUUCCAGCCUUGGGCUGGAAUGACUGGACAGCAGAUUCUUGAAGCUGUUGAUCAACCUAAUUGCCAGCGUUUAGAUCGCCCAGAUCUAUGCCCAAGGGAUUACUAUGAACUGAUGAAAAAAUGUUGGGAAGAUGAUUCAAAAGAUCGACCCACUUUUAGCGAGAUUUUCAUGAAACAUCCACAGAUGCGCCCUACAAUGGUAAAAGCUGUGGCAGACUUCCCUGAUGAAACUGUUCCCAAAGAUUACCUGAAUUAUAAGGCUUAUGAUGUGAUUAUUGUUUUAGAUAAGAACCCUGACAAUGCUCCCUCAAAAUUAUUCUGGAAAGGAGCACUGGAUACAGGAAAAUGUGGAUUGUUUGAUGCCACCAAUACUAUACCGUUUAUUGAGCCAAAGACAAGCCCAAUUGAACUGCCACGUACCACAUUGUCUAGAAAAGAAUCAAGUCGAAAAUCUGGGCGAAAGCUCCGUGCAGACAUGAUCAGUGGCCCCAAAGAUGAUCUUCGUCAUACGGGCCAUAUUGGCUAUGAUGGUGCAGUGUUUGGUGACAUUCCUUUUAUUGGAGAGAAUUAUGAUAAACUUCCAGUAAAAAUUUCAAGUCCAGGUAAACUGACAGAAGAAAGUCGUGGUGCAUCAAUAUCUCUGCCCAAAUUUGCUGAAGGUAGCCCUGCACGUGACCGGAUCAUUAGGAACAGUCAAUCAGAUAUUUCUCUUAACCAAGAUUUACUUCGAGCUGGGACCAAUGGAUAUGGUAACACAUGGCCAAGUCGUGAUUCUCUGGAGAGCAGCUCAACCAUUCGAACAGAUGGAUCAAGGGAUGAUCUACCUUAUCGGGACUUUGAGGAAAUUGAUGAUGAUUUUGGUGGAUUCAAAGUUCCAGAUCUUACUAGUUCUUUAGAUUUUGGUCCAUCUCUUAUGGAUGAAGUUAUGAAAGCACUCCAAGACAAGGAAGAAGAAACAACUGUAAAAACCUCUAAAGAGAGUAGUACACCACCAACAGCCCAAAAAAUUGAAGACCAAGCACCAAUUGCUACAGCAGAAGAUGAUGAUGAUGAUGAAGUUGAGCGUAAUUCUAUUUCAGCUCUGUCACCAACCGAUAAAAGCCCUUUGAUUCCUCCUCAGGUUCCUAUAAUGCCCUCUCGGGAAACAAAACCUGAGCCAAGAAAGCAAGCAAAAGUAAAACCAAUGUCGGCUCAUGAUGAGAAAAUGAUAAAUAAUGCCAUUGCUCUGGCAAAUGAAUUUGCCAUGCAGUGCAAUAAAAAUGACAUGGAAGGUGAACCAACAAGCCCCAAAUCUGAUAGCGGACCAGAAUCUCCUAAACUUAUGCAAAAACUGAAAAUGUCUAUCAAACGUAGUCCAAAGCAAGACCGCAAGAAGACAUUUUCUGAAGAAAUUGCAAUCAAAGCUGAUUUGAAUGAGGACUUACCUCCUGAGUCGCAAGAAGCUUAUAACAUUUUAGUAAUGCGUGGCUCUGUUAGUGACAAGGAACCCAAAUCUCCUCCCCCACCACCUCGUGAUACUGAUCAGCCAGAUGUUUCAGUCACAUCUCCUGUUAAACCUGAACUAACCACAUUCUCUUCAAAUGCUGCUACUACCCUUACAAAGAAGGAUCCUGAAAUUAAACCAUUGAGCAAAUCCCGAGCUGCAAUGUCAAAAAUAGAACCACCACCUAUUCCAAAGCCUCGUCCAGAACAUAGAGUAGAACCCACUCCUCGGGUGGAUUCUAUAUCCAAAAUGGAAAUUUCGAAGCCGGAAAUUUCAAAGCCGGAAAUUUCAAAGCCAGAAAUUUCAAAGCCAGAAAUCUCGAGGCCAGAAAUUUCAAAGCCCGAAAUCACAAGGCCUGAAAUCUCAAGACCAGAGUUGCCUCCCAAACCAGACCUUGUUCCACGAAUGGAACAUCUAAAAGAGGCUCCACCAUUACCAGAUAAUCCUCCUAGAACAGACCAUCUGACAAGACUGGAGCAUAAAAAUGAUGAUAUUGGAAAACCAGAACCUACUCAAAGAACAGAUUCCUUGAUUAAAUCUGAUGUAUUAGCUAAACCAGACAUUAUGGGCAAACCUGAACUUAAGCUAGAUUCCUUCAAAUCAGAAUCUACUACUUCUAAGCUGGAUCAUCUUCCGAAAUCUGAAUUGCCUAGCAGGAUUCCACAUCCAAGCAAAAUACCACCCCACUCUUUCAGAAAAGAAUCACCACCCAGAAUAGAGCACUUGACUAGGUCAGAGGCGAUUUCUCGCCCUGAAAUUCAAAAUCGAACAGAACCUGUGGCCAGAAUGGAUGUGCCACCUCCACCACCCCCAACAGCUAUUCCCAAAGCAGAUCCAGUUGUUGAGCGAGCCCAUAGUGUGGACAGAGAAAAUGGUCAUUAUAGUCUUGGUAGUGACUCCUACUCAUUCAGUAAAGAGUCAUCUCCAGCAUCUAGUUCAGAACGAUCUGCUGAGGAGAAGGAUCUGGAUUCUGAAGCCAAGGAUAGGGCGCGGUGGACAAGGAAGAAGAACUGCGAGGAAAUAGAAGCUAUACGUAAAUUAUUUUGUAAUGAGGUUUCUGAGGUAGACUGUCGACAAGCACUAGAAGAGACCAAAUGGAAUAUUGAAAGCGCUAUCAAGUACAUUAAACUGAAGCAGCUUAUAAGUACAGGUUUGGCCGAUGUGAACCGCUGCAAAGAGGCUCUCAUGAAAUGUAAUUGGGAUGUGGAGCAGGCAGCUGACCACCUCCUGGUCCAUCCUAAGGUCAGCCCUGAAUGUGUUGAUGUCUAA